AUGCACUCCAGCGGUAAGGGUAUGUCCUCAUCAUCCCUCCCAUACUCCAGAUCCGUUCCAUCUUGGUUCAAGGCUUCCCCAGAAGAAGUUGUUGACCAAAUCAUCAAGUAUGCAAGAAAGGGUUUAACUCCUUCCCAAAUUGGUGUUCUUUUAAGAGAUGCUCACGGUGUCAACCAAGCAAAAAUUGUUACUGGUAACAAGAUCAUGAGAAUCUUGAAGUCCAACGGUUUAGCUCCAGAAUUGCCAGAAGACUUAUACUUUUUAAUUAAGAAGGCUGUUGCAGUCAGAAAGCACUUGGAAAGAAACAGAAAGGACAAGGACUCUAAGUUCAGAUUAAUUUUAAUUGAAUCUAGAAUCCACAGAUUGGCAAGAUACUACAGAACUGUUUCAGUCUUACCACCAACCUGGAAGUACGAAUCUGCUACUGCUUCUGCUUUAGUUAACUAA